AUGACGAUCGUCGACAUCCACACCCAUGUUUACCCUCCCAAAUACAUGGAGCUGUUACGCUCGCGAACAACAGUACCAUACGUUCGAACCUUUGAAGACGCACCAGACUCGGCACGUCUCAUCAUCCUGCCAGGUGAAGAUGACCCUUCAACACCUUCAACUUCGCGCGGUCGCCCAAUUGGCUCUGAGUACUACGAGAUCAAGGAAAAGAUAGCUUUCAUGGACCUACACAAGAUUGACAAGUCAGUCAUCUCAUUAGCAAACCCUUGGCUCGACUUCCUUCCCGCAGAAGAAGCUGGAGAAGCAGCGAAGAAGAUCAACGACGAUGUGAACGACCAAUGUUCUCAAUAUCCCGGCCGAUUAUACUUCUUCGGCACCCUUCCACUUUCCGCAUCGCCCGAGGUCAUAACCGCUGAGAUUGAAAGACUGAGCACGCUCAAAUACGCACGCGGCGUCAUCAUGGGAACCUCUGGCCUCGGCCAAGGUUUAGACGACGAGAACCUCGACCCUGUCUACACAGCACUGGAGAAGCAUCAGCAACUCAUCUUCCUCCACCCGCACUACGGUCUACCUACGUCUGUCUACGGGCCCCGAGCGAGUGAAUACGGACACGUUCUACCUCUAGCCCUCGGCUUCCCGUUGGAGACCACCAUCGCGGUGACCAGGAUGCUGUUGAGCGGGGUCUGGGAUCGAUUCACAAAACUGAGCGUUUUACUGGCACAUUCUGGAGGUACACUGCCGUUUCUGGCUGGUCGUAUUGAAUCUUGCAUCUUGCAUGAUGGUCAUUUGAAGAAGCAUGGCAAGACGCAGAACAGGAGGGAUGUAUGGGAUAUCUUGAAGACGAACAUAUAUCUGGAUGCUGUCAUCUACUCGGAAGUUGGUCUCGGAGCAGCACUCGCUGCAUCAGGUUCUGACCGGCUAAUGUUUGGCACUGAUCAUCCAUUCUUCCCGCCACUUGAGGAAGAUGCGAAGGAAUGGCAUAGCGUGAAUGCGAACUAUGUGGCUAUCUCAAAAGCGUUCUCGACGGAUGACAAGAAGGCACAGGAUGUGCUUGGUGGUAACGCAGUGCGCACACUGAGGUUAGACUCAUAG